AUGAGGUUUUUGCUCUAUUUCUUCGCUUGCCUCGCUCUAACAGAGGCCUUCUCACGGAAGAGAUUCCGAUUCAAGCCUCAGGAUGAUAAUGAUGGUGAGACUUACGCAGUUCUUGUUGCUGGUUCAAAUGGAUGGUAUAACUACCGGCAUCAGGCGGAUGUGGCACAUGCUUAUCACACAUUACGCAAACACGGAAUCUCUGAGGAUAAUAUAAUCGUUAUGAUGUACGAUGACAUUGCCAACAACACCCAAAAUCCCUAUCCCGGCAAAAUCUUCAAUGAACCUGAUGGUCCAGAUGUAUACGAGGGAUUGAAAAUUGAUUAUCGUGCUAAAGAUGUAACUGUGAAAAAUUUUAUCAAAGUUUUGAAAGGUGACAAUCAGAUCAGAGGGGGAAAUGGACGUGUACUUGAAACAAACUCUAAUGAUAGAAUUUUCAUUUAUUUCACCGAUCACGGAGCUACGGGUUUGAUAUCAUUCCCUGAUGAAAUAUUAAGUGUCAAGGAAUUGAACUCAGCUCUUCAAUGGCUUCAUUCACACAAGAAGUUCGCCGAACUUGUGUUCUACCUGGAAGCUUGUGAGAGUGGAUCCAUGUUUGAAAAAGUUUUACCUUCUAAUCUCAACAUCUAUGCAAUUACUGCUGCUAAUGGACAUGAAUCAUCAUGGGGAACUUAUUGUGAGAAUGACAUGGGUCUUCCUUGCUUGGGAGACUUAUUCUCUGUCAAUUGGAUGAUCGAUAGCGAUGAUGAGGACUUGAAUGUAGAAACAUUACAACAGCAGUUUGAACUUGUCAAAGCUAAAACGACCAAGUCACAUGUUCUUCAAUUCGGAGAUUUGAGUAUUGCCCGUGAGCCAGUUGGUAAUUUCCAGGGAGAGACAAAGCAGAACUCUGAAAUGGACCAAGAAUUUGAAGACGAUGAUUCAGAAGAUACUGAAGAUGAGGACUUGGGACAUUCCUAUACUAUGUGGCCUUCAAGAGAUGUUCUCGUUAAUUCACUCAUUUGGGAAAGAUCACAAACAAAUGACUACUCAAGAAUCAAUGCUCUGAGCAAGCAGAUUUCUGAAAUCCGUGAGAAACGUCGCCAAGUGAAACGAACUUACCAUAGCAUCGUUCACGGAUUGUUCGAUUCUCAGAGUUUGAUCGAUGAGAUGAUCACCAAGAAGUCUCCAGUGCUCUAUUUGGAUUGUCAUCAUAAAGUUGUUCACAAGUUUAACGAUAUGUGUUUCGACUUCCACGAGGAUGAACAAGCUUUAAAUUAUGUUUAUAUUCUGAAUAAUCUGUGUAAUUACUUCGAGGACGAGUGGCCAAUUCUAGAUCAAAUCACAAGAACUUGCGACGUUUUCAAUUCUUUGUAA